AUGGAAUAUUGUAAACCUUAUAGAUGGAAUAUUAAGGAUACUAGCUCGUUGAUAAGCACCUCCGCAGAGGCCCUUAAAACUGCAAUUGGAAAUAUUAAUUAUACCAUUGAUAACUCAACGCCUGAAUCAAUAAUUGGACGCAAGCGAGCUUGUGAAAAUGAAGAAUUACCAUCAAUUUCUCCGAAUAAGACUAGAAUAGGACCAAAUUUACCCACAAAUAUCUUUCUCAAGAAAAAUAAAAGUUCUACGACUGAGACUGGUGAAAAAUCACCUGCUAAAUCUAAUUUGGAAGAAAGAGAUAUAAAAUCAAAUGGCAAAAAGAUCACAGAUAAAGAACUUAUGAGAUGA